AUCAUUUACAGAUAACUGGCUAUUCCCAUGAUACGGACAUUUGUCUUGCUGUGCCUUUUUUCUUCAUGCUAUUGCAUUUUUGGAAUCGGUCAUAAGCAGACAGUUGGAAUAGUGGGGAAACUUCUCUGUAACGGUAAACCCGCUGCUGGAGUGAAAAUAAAGCUGUACGAUAAGGAAUUCUUUAUCGACAGAAAGCUGGCUCAAGUCAAAACGGACAACAAUGGAUCCUUCAAGAUCUCAGGGACUGCUAAGGAGUUGUCCAAAAUUGACCCACAGCUCAAUAUCUAUCAUAAAUGCAACUAUAAGUGGCUUUGCUACAAAAAGCUCAGAAUAAGGAUUCCAUCAAAGUAUAUAAGCAAAGGAGAACAAGUAAAGCAGUAUUUCAACAUUAGCACAUUGGAGCUCGCCAUGAAGAUCAGA